ACAGCUCCUACCUGCCCCACGGCACCCAAAAGGCACCUCUGCAUGGAAAGUCUCCCCUUAAACCCCUAGCCCACCUCGAGUGGGACCGUCUUUCAGGUGAGGUGCACGAAAGGCUUUCCCGAAGUGGCAGCUCGGAAGGAUGAACGUCCGGCUGCGCCAAGCUGACUUCCCCGCCUUUUUCCCACUUCGGCGUCAGCCUGGGCCCUGGGAACUGCAGCCUGUGCCUCCAGCUGCGCGCUUCCUUCUGCCUCCAGUGGAGCAGGGCAGUGCAGCCAGGCCUCGCAAACCCCUCUUCUGGGGCCCCCAGCGGGAGCAGGAAGGAAAGCGGCUGAGAUGCGCCCUGAGUGUCGCUUGGCUUGGAGAAGUGGGUGGCUGGGUUGCAUAAGGUGGAAGGAACUUGCUAGUUUGCAAAAGACAGCUCUUGGCGGGAGCCGGAACCCCGAGCCCGCCGACUCGCGCACCCCUCCUCAUUUACUGCCUUCGACGCGCGCCUCCCCGACUGCGCCCCCACCCCCUCGGCGCGCCGCCGUCUCGCGCGCACUACCCCCCCCCCACACCCCCCUCCUCACUCCCUCCAGAGGAGGUGAGUUUAAACCCCGCCCACGUGACCCCAGCUGGGCCAAUGAACGGCGGCGGGAGGUGAAAUCCGGUUCUAACCGGUCCGGGGCUCCCAGCGCUAUAAAAACUUUAUAAACCCCCCCGGAGCCCGAGCAGUGUGAAGAAGAAGAGGCGAGAACGACCCCCGGACCGACCAAAGCCCGCGCGCGCUGCAUCCCGCGUCCAGCACCUACGUCCCGCCGCCGUCGCCACCAUGCCCAAGAGAAAGGCUGAAGGGGAUGCUAAAGGAGAUAAAGCCAAGGUGAAGGACGAACCACAGAGAAGAUCCGCGAGGUUGUCUGCUAAACCUGCUCCUCCAAAGCCAGAGCCCAAGCCUAAAAAGGCCCCUGCAAAGAAGGGAGAGAAGGUACCCAAAGGGAAAAAGGGAAAAGCUGAUGCUGGCAAGGAGGGGAAUAACCCUGCAGAAAACGGAGAUGCCAAAACAGACCAGGCACAGAAAGCUGAAGGUGCUGGAGAUGCCAAGUGAAGUGUGUGCAUUUUUGAUAACUGUGUACUUCUGGUGACUGUACAGUUUGAAAUACUAUUUUUUAUCAAGUUUUAUAAAAAUGCAGAAUUUUGUUUUACUUUUUUUUUUUUUUUUUUUUUUAAAGCUAUGUUGUUAGCACACAGAACACUUCAUUGUUGUUUUUGGGGGAAGGGGCAUAUGUCACUAAUAGAAUGUCUCCAAAGCUGGAUUGAUGUGGGGAAAACACCUUUCCCUUCUAGUUUUGAGAGACUUCCUCUUGGUUCCCAGGAGGAGGGAUUCCCUACUUUGACACACAUGGCCACCUUGGCACAAAAGCCUUGUGGUAUGGAAAAACAAAUUUGUUUUUAUGUUCUCUUCUCCCUUUCCAUCUUUCAGCAUAGACUUAACUCCCUUAAGCCCAGACAUCUGUUGGGACCUGACCCCUAGUCAGUGGUUACCAGUGUGUCAGGCAAUCUGGACUUUCCAGUGAUGCCACUGAGAUGGCACCUGUCAAAACAGCAUGGUUCCAUUUCUAGAUUGUGGAUCUUCAGAUAAAUUCUGCCAUUUUCAUUUCACUUCCUGAAAGUCAGGGUCGGCUUGUGAAAAGUUGUUAAACAACAUGCUAAAUGUGAAAUGUCAACCCUCACUCUAAACUUUCCCUGUUCAGAGCAUCAGAUGAAGACUUCAUUGGGUUUUAUAGUGGCUUUCUGAUUUUUGGUAGUCCAUUGAAGAAGGGAGUUUGAAAGUUGUUGUAUACUGUUAACGAUUGUCUGCCCAUGUCCUGCCUGAAAUACCAUGAUUGUUUAUGGAAAGUAUCUUUAAUAAAGCUGGAUACAGUUUGGCUUGGAA